ACGCUUAUUAUGCAUAUUUACUUUAAACUUGAGAAUGAUUCCUGAGGAGAUUGGAAAUUUGAUACAUCUUCGAUACUUAAAGAUUGAGGGCUAUAAUUUGACUAGGCUACCAAGAUCUAUAAGUAAUCUCUAUCACUUGCGAUACUUAAUAUAUGAUCACCCAUGGAAGCUAAGCCAACCUAAAGUUGAUGAUUUUUUCCCAAGCGAUAUUAAUAACCUUUCUAACUUGCGUUACCUGAGAUUGCCCGAGAAUUAUAUUUCAUUGAUAUGUGGGAUUGGGAAGCUAAACUCUCUUCAAGAACUGGAUAUGUUUGAUCUAAGAAAUGAGAUAGGUUUUAGAAUUGAUGAGUUGAAGUAUUUGAAUGAUCUUUGCAAAUUAGGAAUCAACUGCCUUGAAAAUGUGAAGGACGCCGAGGAGGCUCGUAAUGCCCAAUUAUGCGAAAAGAGGAGGCUCACAGAUUUGAACUUAUGGUGGAGUAACACUUAUUCGAGGAUCAUCGAUUUAGAUGAGAACGUGCUCGACAACCUUCAGCCACCAAAAUGUCUAAGGAAUCUGAGGAUAAAUAAUUACGGAGGUUCAAGGUCUGCAAUAUGGAUGAACAAUGUCAAUCCAAUCUUCAAUCUAGAGAAAAUCGAAUUGAGAGAUUGCUUGGAGUGUGAAACUCUUCCACCUUUUGGACAACUUCCCAUCCUCAAGUCACUAACACUUUAUAACAUGCCGAAAAUAAAAUGCCUCGAAAGUAAAUUUAAUGUGAUUGAUCAAUACCAUGCCUUUCCAUUGCUAGAGGUGUUAUGUAUUGAGAGAUUAGAAGCAUUAGAGGAUUGGUUUGAGGCAGGAGUAGCUGCUGAAGAUGGAUGUUUGUUUCCUUGCUUAAUUGAACUGAACCUAUUUAGCUGCCCGAAGUUGAAAGAAUUACCCUCUUUGCCUCCUAAGCUCAAGAGGUUGCAGAUAGAAAACACUGGGUGGAAGACUUUGAAUUUUUGUAGCAAUUCAAAUCCUAUUCCCCUUGAAGUAUUAUCGGUCUGUAACUGUCCAAACAUUACAUCCCUUCCUCUUGAUGAAAUAGCAGGACUUGCAGCACUAAGAUUCUUGUCAAUUAUAAAUUGCCCCAAUCUGAUCUCUCUCGGAAUAUAUCAAGAAGUGGAGACCACUAAUAAUUGCCAUCUCAUACUUAGCCAUCUCUGUAUAAGUGAUCCAUCGGUGUUGCUAAUGGAACCAUUGAGAAGUAUCGCCUCCUUAAAAAACCUGGUUAUCUUUGGUAAUAAUGAACUGGUUUCAUUUCCAAAUGAGGCGGAGCAGUGGUUUCUCAAUGAUAGGUCUUCUCUUUCUGAGCUGCAAUUUUUAUGGCUCAAAUCCUUAGAGUCUCUCCCUUCCUCCUUGGAAAGCUUAUCUUCACUUCAGAACCUAUCUAUUAGAAAUUGCCCCAAUCUGAGAUCUCUGGGAAGAUAUGGAGAAGUGGAGACCACUAAUAAUUGUCAUCUCAUGCUCAGCAGUCUUGAAAUAAGUGAUCCAUCGGUGUUGCUAAUGGAGCCAUUGAGAAGUAUCGCCUCCUUAAAAUGGCUUUCAAUUAUGGAUAAUGAUGAGCUGGUUUUAUUUUCAAAUGAGGCGGAGCAGUGGUUUCUCAAUAAUAGGUCUUCUCAUUCUGAGCUGCAAUUUUUCUGUCUCAAAUCCUUAGAGUCUCUCCCUUCCUUCUUGGAAAGCUUAUCUUCACUUCAGAAACUACAUAUUUCUAAUGUUCCAUUGCUUCGGGAAUUGCCGAACCUUCCUCCCUCUUUGAAACGUCUAUCAAUUCAGUCUUGUCAUCCAGAGUUAUUUGAGCGCUAUCGAAAGGAUGGAGGCUCCGAUCGCCACAAGAUUGCUCAUAUUCCUGAUAUCUUUAUUCCUGAAUCCAGAAAUCCUGCUCAAAUCCUGGCUGAAAUCCACAAAAUCUGGCUCAAAACCUGCUGAAAGCACUAUUCAUUCGACGCCGUUCGCGUCGUUUACCAGGAUUCGCUCAUUUGGCAGAAGCUCCCGCU